CGAUCUCUGAGUUAGACGGAAGAGAGGAGACACAGUUGUUGCCACACCACGGAGCAAAACCGGUCCUAGGAUCACAUAACAUCCUCCCACGAUAAACGGUACUUUGCGCGCAACAACUAACUGUUCUUACGUGCGCGCUUGAUUGAAGGUCAAGUAUGGGAAGAUUGAAGAGUGAAGACCUCAUUGCUGACGUUAUUGGGAGUAAAAUGUAAACAUUAGUGAAAUAAGUGACCUAAGUUUGUAGUGCAGUUUUAGCCGUAUUCACAAAAUUCACCGUGAUUUAUUAAAAGGUUGGUUCAGGCCUUAUGAUUAGAAAUCAAAACAAGGCAUGGUGAGACAGAAAUCAGGGGCUAUGAGCUCCCCCACUCCCUCAAUAGACAGCCUUAACGGCGCCCUGGCCUUCUGCGAUAACUCAGAACAUGGCCUCGACUCUUAUCCUCAUACUUUCUCGUCCUCAGGAGUAUCCUCCGCAACCUCGUCAUCCUCGUCAAUAGACAGAGCUAGCACUGGAUCAGCCAGUUCAUCCUCAGGGUUGUCUAUUUCUCCCCUUGGCGGGGGAAACUUUACUGGAUGCAACACCAAGUGUUCCGUCUGCAACUCUUCUUUUGUGUCACCUAAGGUGCUCCCAUGUUUUCAUACUUUCUGUCAAACUUGCCUGGAACGAACUCAGGAGCAUGCGGAUAAGAUUACAUGCCCUAGCUGUCAAUCUGACUGUCAGCUUGGUCCCCAGGGUGUAUCAGGGUUACUGGUUGACUACGGGGUCUCCAGCUCCGACUGUGGACUGGACCUAGCAGGAUGCACGGGAUGCAAGUCCAGGGAGAGCUCAGCUGUUGCCAGAUGUUUUGACUGCAGCAAUUUUCUGUGUGCAAACUGUGUAAUGGCUCACCAGUUCAUGCACUGCUUUGAGGGUCAUCAUGUUACCACUCUAGGGGAGAUUACUAGUAACUCAGGGACUCAUCAUGUACAGGAGCUUGAUGCGGUCAAUAAGAUGAUCAGCGAGGGCAAGCUGAAGGCCAAUGAGAUCAGAAACAAUCUGAAGAACCUGGAGACUACAUCCACCAGAUUGGCCGGUCAGUAUCAGAAGGCAUUAAGCGAGGUUAACGAGACCUACCAGUUCUACGUCUCCAUGCUGGACGAAAGACGAGCUGAGAUUGCCAGAGAGCUGGAACAGGCUUACAGCAGCAAGCAGGUGGCACUCUCAGUUUACAGCCAGAAGGCUCAAGAAACGGUAGACAAAAUAUUCCAGGUGACCGAUUUCAUCGAGAGAUUAAUGAAGCAUGCUAGUAACGGCGAAGUUCUUCUGUUUAAGAAGCCUCUAGAUGCCAGGUUGCAUCAACUCCUCUCCUACACACCAGAGCUCAACAUGAGCUCUCUUACUGAACUAGAGUUCAUUUCAAACUUUCAGGCCAUACAGGUUGGAGUAAAGAAUCAGUUUGGAUAUGUAAAAUCUAAACCAGAGAGUGGCGGAGGUAAUAAACAGCAGCCACCCAUCUCUAGACCUGUCCCUUCUCCCCUCCCUCCUCCACAGGAGAUGGGUCCUCUCAACUCUAUGGUAAGAGGGCUGCUUGACCAACGAGGAUAUGGGAAUCAGUUUGAGUCAGCAAGCCUGCUCUCCAAGCGUUUUAGUCAGUCCCAUCAGUCUCCCAAUUUCCACUCCUCUCAGCUUACCUCUCCACACCUUUCCUCAUCCCACCUCUCCUCAUCUCACCUCUCCUCAUCCCACCUUUCCUCCUCUCAACUCUCUUCUCCUAACCUCUCCUCUCUUCUUCAUGGAUCCUCUAUUGCGGAACUGGCCGGAGCUAACGGAUUAAACAUCCCUGUCUCCAACAAUCUGGUUUCAAAUGGACUUGGAGGACUAAACUCUUCUGGACUGAAUCCAUAUGAAAAAUGGUCCAACGGUUCGGAUUCUCUCUUUGGACUUACUCCUACCCCACAACCGUCACAGGACGCGUUCAAGGAUCGUCUGAGCAUCUCCCAGCCGCCGAGUGAUAUGAUCGACUUGACCUCAAAGUUCAUGUCGAGCACCAACUUGUCCCCCUCCUCCCCCAUGACCAGUGUGUCCCCGCUCUACCCACCCAAGAGCCAGAUAAAACGACAGAAGAUGAUUUACCACUGUAAGUUUGGUGAGUUCGGUAUCCUGGAGGGACAGUUUACCGAACCCAGUGGAGUAGCCGUGAAUGCACAAAACGAUAUUAUUGUAGCGGAUACCAACAACCAUAGGAUCCAGAUUUUCGACAAAGAGGGAAGAUUUAAGUUCCAAUUUGGUGAGGUUGGGAAGAGAGACGGACAGUUGCUCUACCCUAACCGUGUAGCGGUUGUGAAAAACUCCGGGGACAUCAUUGUGACAGAGAGGUCCCCGACUCACCAGAUUCAGAUCUAUAAUCAAUACGGACAGUUCGUCAGGAAGUUCGGGGCUAACAUCCUGCAGCACCCCAGGGGGGUCUGUGUAGACAACAAGGGGAGGAUUGUCGUCGUUGAGUGCAAGGUGAUGCGUGUGAUUAUUUUUGAUCAGUUUGGAAAUGUUCUAAACAAGUUCGGUUGCUCCAAACAUCUCGAGUUUCCUAAUGGGGUUGUGGUUAAUGACAGACAAGAGAUCUUUAUUUCGGACAACAGGGCGCACUGCGUUAAGGUCUUUGAUUACGAGGGGAACUUCCUUCGUCAGAUCGGUGGAGAAGGUGGGUUUAUUGUGUACAUCAGGGUUCAUUGUGUACAUUAGGCAUAUGGUUAAGUA